UGCUGCUGGGAGUUGUAGUUUAUUUGUUUUCCAUCCCUGGGUUCUUCCAAUGGGGGUUUCCUUUUCUGCCUUUUAAAAAAGGCAUGGUUGGUCAAUUUUGGCCCUUCAGAAGUGAAUGAGAGGUUGACCUGAAGAGCUCAAAGGCUGCAUCGCUCAUCCUCAGGCCUUGGGGACGAUUUUAGGUUACUGCUGUUGCUAAGACAGCCAGCUGGUUAUUGAGGAAAUGACGUUGAAAGGAAAAAAGAAGGAGUGAAUGUGGAAGGGGGAAGAGUUUUUCAGCUGGAUUUCCACAUCACAAACAGCUGCACUACUACCCCUCUGCUAUUAUACAACUAUAGCCCAUCCCUGUACCAGGAACUUUUUUACUGGGCUGGGAAAUAAAGAAAUGGCAAGUACAGAAUCAGCUGGCCUGAAGACUCCGGCUCUAGGAGGACAAGAAGAGAGCAAGGGGACAAACCAGAAGACAGCUGGAGGUGAAAGGAGUAGCCAAGGUGGACUUUCUGGAGGCAAAGAAAAGGAGAGCAGAAUUAUGGUGAAAGGAGAGGACCUGAAAGAGAACCUGCCUCCACCCAACCAGCUGUGCUCAGCCAAUGGGAAUGUUCCAUGGGGCUGCCCAGAUGGCACGUUUAUCAAAUUGAUUCUGGAGACUGGCAAAGGUUUAGAUAAACCCAAGGAAGGCUCCAUCUGCCAGGUCUUCAUUGAGGCCGAACAUGGAGGACCCUUGAGUUACUCUUCCCACCAGUGGGCUGAGGUGGAGCUGGGUGGGGGUGAUGCCGAGUGGGAUGGGAUUGUAGACCGUUGCCUGGAGACCAUGCUGGCUGGGGAGCGGGCCGAAGUAAGGAUGAGGGAUGGAGGCACCAUUACUGUCCAACUGGCAAGCUUCACAGAGGCCAAGGACACCUGGGAGAUGAGUGCCAGCGAGAAAUGGAACUUGGUGCUCAGCAACAAAGAGCGUGGCAGCGAGCUGUACCGGGCAGGAGAGAUUGGCGCGGCUGCCAGGCGCUACGCCAAGGCCUUGCGUCUGCUUGUGGUGGCUGCUCCUCCCCCAGACUAUGACCAAAUUAAGGCUGAGCUCCAUGCCAACUUGGCCGCCUGUCAGCUGAGGUUGCGCCAGCCGGCCAACGCAGCCUCUAACUGUACCAAGACACUGGCACUGCAGCCAGCCAACACCAAGGCGCUCUUCCGACGGGGCUUAGCUUACGAUGCCAUGAACGACCUGGAGGGAGCUGCUCAAGACCUGAAGGGAGUUUUGCAGGUGGAGCCUGGGAACCGGGCGGCACGUCGAGAGUUGGAAAGGGUGACGGAGCGAAUCAAGGCACGCGAUGCCAAACUGGCCAGGGCCAUGCAGAAAAUGUUUGCUUGAGCAGAAUAACAAAGCAGUGUUGUCCCUUAUAGAUUACAUUUGCCUCCUGCUUUGUCUUUCCCUUCAAGCGUCUGAAGGGAGAGUUGACUUACUUUCACCUUUUUUUUCCUCUUCAUGACAACUUUGCAAGGGCUGGCUGAAAUGUACAUGGUUGGCCGCCGACUUCAUGGUUGAAGGUGGUGGAUUUGAAUGUGGGCUCCAUGGUCACAAUCCAGCACUUUUCAGUGCACCAUGCUGUUUGUCUUACGUGUGGAAGAUUAGAACAGUACAUUAUAUUCAGUGGAGUUCAUGCAAGUUUCCUGGGUAAACACAGAAAUUCAUGCCUAACAUGAGAUUUGGCAUGCUGAGGGGACUCUGCUUUCUUUACAUUGUUUAAAAAUGAGCAUGAUUGUAACCCUUAUGGGUAAAUGAAAAGGCUUUAGAAAUGUGUAGGCUGCGUUUGGUGGAAUCUCAGCAGUCAAAGGAAGCCUGCAUUGGACUCCCAGUGCUAAAGAAGCAGAGAUAAGUGCCCAACACAGUUCUGUCUCCAUUGCACGCGUGGAGGACUUCCUGUAUUCUGUGCUUCUGAAAUCAGACCAUGGAAGUGACUAAUUGUCUUUGAAAUGAUCUGUAGGAGUCAGCAUGCUCAAACUUAACAGCCUGCAUCACGUUUUAAUACAGAGCUUUCAUCUCUCCAUGUGUGUUUUUCUAAGACACGUCUAGCCCUUUUGGUUGCAAAGCUUAGCUAGAAACCAUAAGGCCCUAGAAAAAUUUCAGAAGCUGCAGAAAUUUGGUGGCGGUGGGGAGGAUGACUGACUUUUUCAUUUUAAAGGGAGCUUUAAUGUUUGUCAUCACUUUUGCUGUCCUUCCCCAGUCAGGAAAAAAAAGUAGAAUUACCCAAUUUGAGGCAGGGAAAGCAUCCACACAUCUCUCUCCUUCAAGAGUCCCAUUCCCUCUGGUGUUCUGUUUCCAAUUCUUAUGCCCUUUUUGGUUUGUGGAGGAGGAUGAAUAUAUAAAAUUGUACAAAUGCAGCAAUCAUGUAUCCUUCCUUAUUUUAUUGGGUGGGUAAAAUUUGAGUAAAAUUUUGGAUGGAUGACCUGUUUGGUUGGGGAGGAAAAAAUCAAGGCUAUAUAUAGCCCUAGAAAACAUACCUGGGUAGUUGUGUUGGCCAUAUAGCAAAGUACAACAGCACCUGAAAUCCACAAAACAGUGAUACCUUUAUUGGAUCAACUGAAAUGCAAAGGGUUUCCAUCACGUAUUUUGUGCAUUUUGUUCAUCCCAAUAAAUAUACCGUUGUGCUGUGGAUUUUGGAUGCUAUUGUACCACACAUAACCCUUGUUUUCUUUUGUUUUUUAAAGAGCAUGGACCAAGACUGUGUUGGUGCAUUGCCGGCAGGAACCGGGUGAUGUAUUCCACUGGAGGUUCUGCUACGGCUUGGCUGGCAAAGCCGCAGUUCUCCCUUGCUGUUGUUAUUGUGGGUUUUUCCAGUUUCCCUUCCAGCGCUCCUUCCCUAGGGCUGUCACAUGCCCAGCGAUCACUUUGAAUCCAUACAUACCCCUCUUGCUGUUUCUAAGCAACCAUCUCCUGAGAGACUGCAGAACUAGGAAAGCUCAGAUUUGGGGGUGGCAAACUAAGGGGAAGGAAUGGGGGGGCACAGCAGGUGACUGUUUUGAGAACAAGGAGGUGAGGGAAAGGUGUGUAAAGGAGAGAAAGCUGCAUUUUCUUGAUGUGCCUUGCCUACCAUCUGGGAACCAAGCAGGGAAAGGAAGACACGUUGGGAUGCUAGGGUGAACUGCAGGCAGGUACCCUGCAUGAGAAAAUGCACAUCUUUCCCCACUUAUAAGGAAUCUUCCACAAAGCCAGUCAGCUACAAUCAUGAGAAUCAAGUGUCUUUAUUAAGUAAUAGAGAUUCGGUAACCAUGUCACUUGCAAACAGAUAUUAUAAUAUAAUCACAGACUCCAACAUCUGAGAAAAAAGGAAGGGAGGGAAGAAUGGAGAGCCCAUGUGACAGAACUGUGAGGUUUGGUACAGUUUUGGGAUGGGGGAGGCCUUGGAAAUUAUAUUUAUCUGCAUUACCCUUUAUCUCCCCCCCUCCCUUCCCAUAUCUACAGUUCUCCUUUAUGCCUCCCAGGGUAUGAUCUGAACCAGUGCUUCUCAAGCUGUCCGUGCAGGGGACCAGCAGAGUUAUUUCCUCAAAGUGCCAGGGACCAGCUCCAUAUCUGUGCUCAUUGAUUUCAACUGCUUUCUUUCCUGGAAACUCCCUGCAGACCAUCAAUCAAUGUAUUGUGGACCGGAAGUGGUCCAGGGACUACCACUUUGUGUGGCACUGAUCUAAACACUUACUCACUCAUGUGCCCAUAUCUAGCCUUAUGUGUCUUUACUUUCUGGUUGAUGCUAUGUGGAGCCAAUUCAUCUACUACGCUGAAUGAGAUGGUAGAAUUCUGAUUUUGUCACUACAAGUGAGAUGAGGCCAUGUUUUUGAAUUCUCCCUGCAAAAGAAACAAGAUAAAUUCCCUGCAUUUAGUAAGCUCACACACCAGGAAGAAGAGUUUAGCAUGUCUUUACCCUGCUGUGCUAGUUUGUAUUUAGGGAUAUAGAACAAUAUUAGUCAUCAUGGAGUCUGAAGUGGUAUAGAAAGAAUUCUGCUGUAUCAUGAUAAAACAAAGGAUCUCUGCAAGUGCUUGCAACUGAAAGAAUAGUGGAAUGGAGUGUACCUUUCAGACUAUGAGCAGGAAUUGCCUGUUGUGAAUCCUACCCCUGGACCCAGUAAAAAGGCUGUCUUCUAUUUCUUUGCUUGAUGUAGUUGCUUUCUAUUGAUUACAGUUCAUACUCACCUUUCAUCCAAAGAGCCCCUAUGUUUAAGCCUCACAACAAUUCUGUGAGGUAUGCUAGACUGAAAGAUGAUCAAAUCACCAACUUUCUAAUUGAAUGGGCCUUUCAACCCUGUGCCUAUAUUUCCUACACUAUCCUCCUUCUAUAUGCAGGGUGUAUAUUACUAUAUAUAUAUAUAUAUAUAUGAUAGAGAAGCAGUGAAAGAAAUGUGAUUCCCAUGCAUGUGGUCUGUAGAGGUGUAGUCUGUGCUGCCAUCUUAUUCCAAGACAUUUCUAGAGCAGACCUCCCUAAGUUGCAUAAGUCACUAAAAAUUCUUCUCUGUAACCUUGCCCUAGAUUCUAGCUUUGGUCAGACGGUACCUCCUGACUGGAAAUACUACUAUCGCACCCAUAAUCAAUGGGCAAUCACAUAUUUCAUUGCCAUGGCCACCCCAUUAUGGUGGACAACUUUCUCUCUCCAGAUCCUUUUUGCUGUUUCCUUUUUCUAUCUCUUUAACAACUGACAACUUUUUUCUUAUUUAUUUAUUCCUUUGUUUAGGCUGCUUUCAGAUGACUUGUGGUUGAUCGUCUUAAUAUAGGUUUUCUUCGCCACCCGUUUUCUCCUUUGAAAAACAUGUUUGGAGUGCAUUUUUAAUGUGGCUUUGUGCCUGAGGAGUCCCCAAGCAUCAAGUGGCAGCAGAGCAAAGAACUAUAUAAAUAAAAAUUGAUAUCUAAAUCAACAGUUAAAAUGACUGCUAUUUGCAAUUCUUAUAAACUCAUCUCCUAAGAUUGUUGUCAGGGUGACAUAUGGGUAUAUUGUAAUCCAGCUGAAGCAUUUAGAACAGGGUGGGAAAGAAUUACUGUAAAAUAAACAGAAGGAUUUGAAUAACUUUCGCUCUCCCCACAAGAGAAGAGGGAAGAGAGAAAAGGAAGAACAUGCUGGUACAAAAAUUAUAAGAAAGGAAAUGGAGUGUUUUCAAAUGAACUGAAAAGCAGAUAAGAGGCAAGACUAAACAGAGCAUCUCAGAACAAGUGGAAGAAGUAUAUAUACCUUAGGUUCAUAUGGUUAUUUUAACUGUUACCUUGAAUAUGGAAAAGAUGAAGAAUCAGUGGAUUUUGGAAGCGACUGUACCUUUCACACCUAAAACAAGAGAGCCAAAAGGACAGAGCAAGGUCAUAUUAUACAGUUCAGAGGCAAGGAA